GGGAUAUGUAGUCCGGGCAAAGGGAGGUCCGCAGGCCCUCGCGCGGGAAGACUACGUGUCCCGGCAGGCAGCGCGGCGCGCGGCCGGGAUCCUGCCAGGGAAAGGGGAGCGCUCGCAGGGAUGCGCGCACGGCUAUGGAUUCUGAAUCAAAGAACAGUUUCAUAGGAAGCUUUCUUCAGCCACCAGAUUGGAAGCUUCCUGCAGCCUUUGUUUAUAAGGAAUCAAAGAAGUUGGCAGCCACUGCUGGUGACAAGCCUUCUCUCCCAAAUAACCAAGCUGUAGUGGCAGCCCUGAAAGCUCUGCAAGAAAAGAUAUGCCGCCUAGAGCUGGAGAAGUCCCAGGCUGAAGAUAAACUGUGCAGCCUCUCUAGAGCAGCUGCUCAAUACAAGAUGGUCUUAGAGCACAAAUCCUACGAGAAGGAUGCAGCACAUCGAGAGCUGAUGCAACAGAGGAAAGAUUCAAAUGCAAUACAAUCCCGCUGCUCCCUGCUGGAGAAACAGCUGGAUUACAUGAGAAAGAUGGUUUCCAGUGCAGAACUGGAAAAGAAAAUGAUUUUAGAACAACAGGCUCAGCUUCAGAAAGAGGAAGAUCAGAACCGGUUGGGACUGCAUGCAAAACUUGAAAAGCUUGAAAUGCUAGAAAAAGAGUGUCUUAAACUUACUGCUACUCAGAGAAUUGUUGAAGACAAGAUCAAACAUUUAGAAGAAAAGCUGUGUAAAGAAGAGCAUCAGCAUAAGCUAAUACAAGAUAAAACUGCUCAGACUGCAUGCUGCUGCAGAGCGAAAGGCCUAGUACAGAGAUUUUAUCUUCUGAGAAACAUGCUUCAAACAGGAUUUGAUAUAAACAGAAUUUUGGUGUCUUCAUUAACAUCUCAAUAUGAACCUGAAAAGGAAAAUGGGAAGAACAAAAAACCUAGGAAGAGAAAUCCUACAAUGAAGAAAAUGCAGCUUUCACAAUUACAUGUAAAGGCUGGUGAACUACCUUUUGUGGCUGGGAAGUCUGUCAGCUCCAGCCAUUCUGUCAGCGCGAACGUACAAAGCGUGUUGCACAUUAUGAAGCAUCGCAAUCCGUGUAUCUCAUCGCGAGGACAAGGAGGAGCCACAGCUGGGGUUUCAGGGCAGAGUGCACUUUCAAAGUCUGCAUCCUCUUGUUCCACAUCACCCACUGCCACCAGGAGCUUUUCAGACCUUCUGUUGGCCUUUCAGGACGAGCUGGGCCAAAUGAGCUUUGAGCAUCAAGAACUUCUGAAGCAGAUACAGGAGACUCAAGACUCCCAAGCUCAGGAAGACCUGGAACAGGAGCUGGAUUGCCUUGUAAAACAAAUGGAGAUGAAAGGAAAACAAAUAUCCAAGCUGAAAAAGCAUCAGGCUACUGUGCAGAAAUUAAAGAGAAGAACUCAGAAAUUGAAGCAAGGGGCAACUCAUGUCAAACUAAAGUGUGGUGAACAAAAGAAAGCAGAGGAGAUUGCAGUCACUGUAAAGGAAAGUCUGUCUAAGCCUUGUCCUGGGCAGAAGAGCAGAAGUUCUCUUCAGCUGCUAAAAGCUGUGAGGAAACUUCAGCUAUCUCUGAAAAAAGAUGAUGUCAUCUGAGAAGAAUAGUUCUGAAGUUUGUUAUGUUAUAAGCUUUUGAAGUUGUUUGACAUCUAGUAAAUUUUUAGUUGUACAAAAUACCUCUUAAAAAUAAACUGGAUACAGUAGACAUGUACAUUCUAAACUGCCUGCUUUCCAGUAGGUCGGUUUGUUCACCUUAGAAUUAACUUUCACGUAGUGUAGCUGUAACUCAACUACACUUCCUUGUAAUAAAGUGUUUGAAUGGGCUAAUGAAAUGUUAUUAUUUGUUAACUUGUCAAAUAAAAUUUUAUACUUUUUUUACACUUAAAA